UUCCCUCUCACCCAUUGCUCCGCAUUUUCUCUCUCUACACUCUCGCUUUCUCUCUCUAGAACACCCCCACCCACGCCUUGCGCUUCUUUUCAUUUGCUUUCUCUUUCUUAGUCUUUUUCUCGUCAGCCAAACGCAUUCUCUCACACAGCCUUUUGCCCCCUUAUCAAAUCCUCCCCUUCCCUCUCCUGUGUUUUCUGCUUAUUUAACAACGGCUUACUGCAUUGAACACUUUUAAGGUUGUUUUGUUUGUAAUUUUCGAGACUGAAGACGUUUUCCAAUGGCAAUGGAGGAUAACAAAGCCAACAAGAAGAGAGCCCGGGAAGAGUCUGAGGGUAAUCAGUUGGAGGCUAACUCCGUCUCCAAUUUAAAACUCCCUCGAGUCGACUCGGCCGACACGGGCUUCGACUCGCACGAGUCUACUAUCGUGGAACCCGACCUGGAUGACGGGAAUGUUCAGUCGCCGGAGGUAAAGCGUAUCCAGGAGGAUUUGUUGAACCUCCUCGACGAUUCCGACCCGGUCAUUGGACCAGACCCAGCGAUUCAGGGACUGGAAUCGGUCAUCAAAAGCUUCGAAGAAGAAAUCUUAGUUCCGACUCAGGCACCGGCACCGGCAAUGACGUCGGAUUCCGGUGAGUUUCGACCGGUGCUUGGGUUUCUUUUAGAGGCUUCGGAUGAUGAACUGGGUUUGCCGCCGAGUUUUUCGUCUGUUGAGGAGGAGCUGAAUUUAGGCACCGUUGCUUUGGAGGAAAGUGUAGGGUCAGGAGCCGUCGGAAUUGGGGAGAUGAUGGGGUACGAGUUUCCGAUUCCGAGUUUCGAACCUUACGAGUUCGGAAUCGGCGGCGACUCCGAUACGAACAACAAUAAUUAUAGUAACAGCAGUGAUUUUGUAGCGUUAGGCAGUUUGUUUGAACCGGCAACGGAUAUUUCGGAGCUGACAUGGCGUCCUGAAUCGCUUUCCGCAUUGUAAUAUUAUAUAUAUAAAAAAAAGAACAGAAACAAAUCGAAACGUUUCGGUGCCGUUUCGAAUCGUUGACAAGGACACAUACUCCUUUUAUUUAAAAAAAAAAAUUGUUUAGGCUUGUAAAUUUUGUAAAAUGGUAAAGUAAAGAAAGAAGAACAAUAGUUAGAUUUGAAAAUGUGAAUGGAAGGUAGCAGCUGUUUAUGUUUGACAAAA